GCUCCUCCCGCUUCCCAACACACGCCAAUUUCUUCUCCUCACUCGCCGACGCCAGCACCCCUCCCGCGGCCACAGGCAGCUCGAGCUCGAUCCACCCAGCCAUGGGCUCCACCGCCGCCGACAUGGCCGCGGUCGCGGACGAGGAGGCGUGCAUGUACGCGUUGCAGCUGGCGUCGUCCUCCAUCCUGCCCAUGACGCUCAAGAACGCCAUCGAGUUGGGCCUGCUCGAGGUCCUGCAGGAGGCCGCCGGCAAGGGCGCGGCUGGGGCGGCGCUGGCCCCCGAGGAGGUGGUGGCGCGGCUGCCCGUCUCGCCCAAGAACCCCGACGCGCCCGCCAUGGUGGACCGCAUGCUGCGGCUGCUGGCCUCCUACGAGGUGGUGAGGUGCGAGAUGGAGGAGGGGAAAGACGGCAAGCUCUCGCGGCGGUACAGCGCGGCCCCGGUGUGCAAGUGGCUCACUCCCAACGAGGACGGCGUGUCCAUGGCGGCGCUCGCGCUCAUGAACCAGGACAAGGUCCUCAUGGAGAGCUGGUACUAUUUGAAGGACACGGUGAUCGACGGCGGCAUCCCGUUCAACAAGGCGUACGGCAUGACGGCGUUCGAGUACCAUGGCACGGACCCGCGCUUCAACCGCGUGUUCAACGAGGGCAUGAAGAACCACUCCGUCAUCAUCACCAAGAAGCUGCUCGAGUUCUACACCGGCUUCGAGGGCGUCGGCACCCUGGUCGACGUCGGCGGCGGCAUCGGCGCCACCCUCCACGCCGUCACCUCCCACUACCCGCAGAUCAAGGGGAUCAACUUCGACCUCCCCCACGUCAUCUCCGAGGCUCCCCCCUUCCCGGGGGUGCAGCACGUCGGCGGCGACAUGUUCAAGUCGGUGCCCACCGGCGACGCCAUCCUCAUGAAGUGGAUCCUCCACGACUGGAGCGACGCCCACUGCGCGACGCUGCUCAAGAACUGCUACGACGCGCUGCCGGCGCACGGCAAGGUGAUCAUCGUCGAGUGCAUCCUGCCCGUGAACCCGGAGGCGACGCCCAAGGCGCAGGGCGUGUUCCACGUCGACAUGAUCAUGCUCGCGCACAACCCCGGCGGCAAGGAGCGGUACGAGCGGGAGUUCCAGGAGCUCGCCCGCGGCGCCGGGUUCACGGGCUUCAAGGCCACCUACAUCUACGCCAACGCAUGGGCCAUCGAGUUCAUCAAGUAGACCCAUCUUCUUGCAUUCUUGCGAUGCGAUGAUAUGGUCGUCGUCGUCUUCUUCUUCUUCUUGCUGCUGCUGCUCCGUUGUCGCGUCUGUACUUUUGCUUAAUUUACUCUCUUCCUGCUGCUGGCCCCUGCUGCCUGCCUCCAUGGUUAUCUUCGAUCUUCUCGACCUCUUUCUUGCUCUGAAAUUCUAAUGGUUGUAUACGUGUCGUGGAGUUGUCUGCCGCCAUGUACCAUUAAUAAUGAUCAAGGUUAUACGAAAUAUAAUGACACGAUUAUUUCUCUCGUUUGGUGAA